AUGUCAUCCCCUCAAAAAUACCCAGGCUCACCAGGAACUACAGCGCCUCUCCGUCGUGGUCUCUUCAAAGAUGGCGUUUGGUGUUGUAACUGCCCAGAGCGACCGGCUGCCAUUCGUCGUCAAACAAAGAAGCAGGGAGCGAACUUUGGGAAAUGGUUUUGGACUUGCGCGCAGUCUCCACAUCUCAAAUGCAGCUUCUUCCUGUGGGCAGAUGAUGCUACAAUGCGCGAGGAAGCAGCCGUUCUUGCCAACUCUCGAUCGGAACGCGACCCUAGCUCGCUCACCCCAUCAAGGCAUAACCCAGGACGUAUGAACAACGGGCUACUCACUCCACAGACUGAGCGCAGAUUCGUCAAUACCCCACAGCGCAACUUCAAAUCGCCCCCGAAGACAGCGAAGGCUAGAAUGAUCUCAGAAGCGUCAGACGACUUUGGCUGGAACGACGACGACUCGGAUGAUAACAAUGAGCUGUCCAAGGCACUCUCUUCUAGUCAGACCGAGAGCUUCAUCUCGCAACCCAACUUCCACCCCGAAUCCCCAUUCAAGAAUCCCCAUACCUCCACAGUGACCUCACCCGGCAAGCGCAAAUUGGCAGAAGUUAUAAAUGACAAUCCCCCAUACGACCAACCUACACCCGCAACGCCUUUCUCAUCCUGCUCCUCUCGCACUGCUAUGUGCCCUCCCUCGUCUGCGGAACUAUGCAUGACACCCACGCCUAGCAAAUACAACGAUGUGCUUUCUGCAGACUCGAAGUUUGACACCUCGGAUCUUGCAAAGAGUCUACUCGAUAUUCUGGAAAUACAUAGUGUUGUUUUGCCAAACAAAGCGCAUGACGAGGUCGUCUCACUGCUUAACAGGCAGGAGUUGAAGACCCAGGGGAUUAUUCGUGGCCGGGAUAUAACGCGACUAGCAUUAAAGAAGAAGGACGACGAAAUUAAGAAGCUUCAAGACCGUGUUUCCAACCUGGAAGCUCAGAGGGAACUGGAUCGUUCUAUUAUUGAGGGGAUAAAACCCUGUUGA